AUGGAUACUACUUUUACACCACUUCCAAGUCAACAACUCAAGCUAGCAGCUCUCAAUUUAACCGCUAUGCCAGCGCCAAAAUCAAGAGGUGGGGGCAAACCCAAAAAGCCUCUCACUCGCUUGGAAGAGAUGGCAAAACAGGCCUACGAAACCAAAAAGGUUAAUAGCACAAUCUCCAGUGAGUCUAGUCUCAGUCUGCGAUCCUUCAAAGGUGUUAAGGCCUCAAACAACGGAGUGGAUACUGUUCCAACUUUCAGGAAAGACAGCGGCCAAGCUAGAUCUCAAAAGCAAAGAGAUACCAAGAAUGGCAAACCGGCGGUGAAGAGCUCAGUCAAGCCUCCUGCGAAGAGCAAGGCUCUGCCAAAAGCACAAUCCGCAAGUGGAAAAACCGGUAAACCUCCCAAAAAAAGCGGGUCUACCAAUCAACGGCAGCAGGGUAGCGUCGUUGUUGAAAAGCCAGCGUCAAGCGCUUCAGUUCCGCAAACUCGGCCCCAGACAGGCGAUAAAGGCAAGCCAAAAAAAUUGGCAUCCAACGGAUCUUCCAAACGCUCCGAGACUUCUCCAACGCACAAGCAACAUAACAAUGCCAAGGCCAAAACUGCUGGACGCAAGGAAACGGCCUCUAAAAGCAGGCCUAAUGCUAAGGCUAGUGGUCCUGAAACGAAACGUGGUGCCAAAGCAAACAAGCCAGCUAAUGCCAGCGGCAAAAUUCAGAACGUCGCCACUCGGCCCCAAGUCCCUACCAUUGAUCAAGACUCCGAAAGUUUCGAAGAGGGUGAGCCUUUGAAACGCUUUACCCAAUAUGUUCCCAAAAUGUCUUACCCCAGCCUAGAGGAGUAUUUUAACGAGUUUUCUUUUGCUCUUUUCCUUGAAGAGCGCCUCGAGAAUGACUUUUUACAAGACUUUGAGAUUAUAUGGCCCAAAAACCCAAACGAAAAGGCAUUGGUCGUGAGAAUGAAGGCAGACAGUGACGAAGUCAAAAAACUUUUGCCGCCUCAUCUUGUCAAGCUUGGUAGGCUGCCAUUUACCAAUCAACAACCCUUGAUGUUGACCAGCCAGGACGAGUCGAAGGUCUGGUACACUUUCGUGAGAGAGCUUGACUCCAAGAAAAACGCUAUAACCAUUCUUCUUGAACUGUACUCUUGGAACCGAGUUCCUCUUCCUAUCAAAGAGGGCAACAAGCAUUUCAAGCUUUUACCAUGCUCUGCCCAGGUAAACAGGAUUAUGUUUGCAAUGACCAGAGUGCAAAAUCCAAAGUUCAUCAAAUUAAUUUUGGGACAAGAGCGUAUAAAACAAUUGAAUUUCAACAAUCGUUUGCAAUUUUCCAAAGAUACCUUUAACGAUUCACAAAAGUCCGCUAUUCAGCAUGUUCUCAAUAAUAGUAUCACUGUUCUUCAGGGACCUCCCGGCACAGGCAAAACGUCCACCAUCGAAGAGAUCAUUUUGCAGGUGAUGGAUAACUUUCACACGCUUCCGAUCCUCUGUGUGGCAGCUUCGAACAUUGCGAUCGAUAAUAUUGCAGAAAAGUUCAUGGUCAACAGACCUGACAUCAAGAUUUUGAGGAUUUUGUCACAGUCCAAAGAAGCUCAAUAUAACAACGAUCAUAUGUUAGGCAAAAUAUGUCUGCACAAUAUCGUUUAUGACCAGCUACCUGAAGACAUCAAGGACAAUAUAGGAAAAUUGAGAUCAGGCAUUCCUGGCCUUGUUUCAAAGAAUCAGUAUAACAAGCUUUUGACCACACAAAAUGCCAUCUCUGAUCGGCACAUUGCACAAGCUCAAAUUAUCUUCACCACCAAUAUUGCAUCCGGUGGGCGCCAAUUGAAGGCCAUCAAGGAAUUACCGGUCGUGAUUAUGGACGAGUCCACUCAGUCCUCCGAAGUUUCGACGUUAGUGCCAUUGUCACUGCCGGGCAUUAAAAGAUUUGUCUUCGUUGGCGAUCAAAAGCAGUUGUCGAGCUUCAGUAAUAUACCACAGUUGGAGAUGUCAUUAUUCGAAAGAAUCUUGAGCAACGGAACAUAUGACAAUCCUCAUUUGUUGGAUACACAGUACAGAAUGCAUCCCGCGAUUAGUGAGUUCCCGAUCAAGACUUUUUAUGAUGGCAAGUUGAAAGACGGUGUUACAGCGGAGGAGAAAAGUUGGCCUGGCCUAGCAUACCCAUUAUUUUUUUAUCAUUGCAACAAGGGAUCUGAGUCUAAAGUGUUCAAUUCCAAACGUGGGAUGAGAGGUUUUACGUACAAUAACGCUCAUGAGGCUGAGGCUAUCAUCGAGGUUUUGCACAAGCUAAUAAUCGAGAAAAAGGUGAGUAGAGACGAGAUAGGUAUCAUCACACCGUACUCCUCGCAAAGAGAUCUGAUCUCGGAAAUGUUGGUACGCGACCCUGUGGUUAAUCCAUCAGGAAAGGCCAUGGAGCAAGAAAUGGACAAGGAUGAUGUUUUAGGAGGCGGAGAGUCCGUCGGCGGAGGUGCAAACAAGGUAACCAUCAACAUCGUCAACGACGUGUUUGUCUCAACCGUCGAUUCGUUCCAGGGUCACGAGAAACAGUUUAUUCUGUUCUCCUGUGUGCGAAACAACAGCGAAAACAAGAUUGGGUUUGUUAAGGACCGCAGACGUAUGAACGUGGCAUUGACCAGAGCGAAAAAUGGUCUGGUGGUAGUCGGAAACAAGGAGGUUAUGAGACAGGGCGACGAACUGUGGGGGCAAUACGUGGACUACGUCGAGCAGAAAGGCGUCGUAUUCGAUACUUUGAAGGAGUACUGA